GGUCCGGCUUCACUGCAGUGUGGAGGGGGGCGGGGAGGACAGAAGAGGCAGGGCUCUCCAUCUCCGUGUGAUGCGCUGAGAAAAUGGUGCACCAGGAGAAACGCGUUUACCAGGCCCAGCGCAAUGAGAGAGAGUGCAUCAGGCAGAAACUCGCCCUUGGCAGUUUCUAUGACGACGAGCCAGUCAUCUACCCCAGCAAAAACGCCCAAUCCUCCCGGCUACAGGGUGGGGUGAACCUGCAGGUGUGUUUACUCAACGACAGCAGCAGCAGCGACAAGGACAGCGAUGCUGAGGACAGCAGAACGGAGACCAGCCUGGAUACACCCCUCUCACCACUGAGCAAGCAGAGCUCGUCCCUGUCUGACCGGGACACUGGGGAGGAGGACUCUGACCUGGGCGCCCUGGACGACUGCGGCGGGUUCUGGCAGGUCCAGCGGAGGCUCCAGGAAGAGGCCCAGGUGGCGCUGGCCCUGGCCCGGCCCAUGGCCCGUAUGCAAGUGGAGGUGGAGAGGCAGAUCCAGCAGCACCGGCGCUCGCCUGUGGCUGACUUGCUGCCCCACCUUCCCCAUAUAAGUGAGGGCUUGAUGAAGAGGAACCUCAGGAGAGGAGACAUGAGGGACAUGAGUCUUGGGCAGCUGCAAGUCAUCACAAACGACCUGCACUCCCAGAUACAGGCCUUCAACCAGGAGCUGGUGCAGCUGCUGCUGAUCCGGGACGAGCUGCAUGUGGAGCAAGAUGCCAUGCUGGUGGACAUAGAAGACCUGACCAGACACGCCCACACCCAGCAGCGACACAUGGCCGAGAGAGCUGCUUCCAAGUAACCCACCACCCAUCGUCCAGGCCUGCCCCGCACACCAACCCUACCACCACCACCUGCCAACCAUCACAACCUCCAACCGCCCCCCACCAUCACUACCACCACCACCACCACCACCACCACGCAGCACACCUGAAGAAAGCCCUUCUGUACUGACUGUGUCUGGAAUAUAAAUGCAUCUUGUAUCACCAUCGUCACGCACUCACUCACACAGACACGGGCAUACUCACACCGCCUCUCACACAGGCUGAACCUCACAGAGGAAAUUUGACUCAUCGUUAUGUUAUGAGGUGAAAGGGGAGAGGCUGAACCAGAGAAUGUAUAAAGGGAAGGUUAAGGACUGUUGCAUUAGGUAGAAUUAGUUGAGUAAGUAUUUAAACUCCUCCAUACGUUCAACAGGUAGGUCCUUUAUUGUGACCCUACGCCGUCGGGAUGGACACAAGUUUCGCUAGGCCAAAUCAAAAGAUCUAAAUCUUUAGUGUCCCCCAGUUGAAAUUGUAAAAGGGGCACACAAUCAGUACCGUAUACAUGUAGCAGGUAGCAUAAAACAAUAAGGAGGGACAAGACAAGAAGCCCCACAUACAGUUAGUACUAUGAUACAAUAUUGUCCAGAAAGGGCCUAUAUCAUUGCCAGUAGUCAACAGUUUAAUCAAUUAAUUGCAUCAGGGAUAAAGGAGUUCCUGUUCCUUUAUGUAAUCCCCCUUGCCCCAUCUCGCUGCUGCUUGCCACGGUAUUAAAAUUCACUGCCCUGUAUAGCAUUCAGCGCUGGAACACUCCGCCUACUACUACUGCUACUACCACUGCUACUUCUGGCACGGCUGGUGCAAUACAAUGACAAAGAUGCAGGAGAAGCAGCUUAGCUUAAGCCACCGCCGUAACGCAGCACAUAAAUCCAUUCGACACAUGGAAUGGAUGUCACUGACAAGCGGUAGGUGAACAAUGUCUACAUGGUUUAGUGUCCCUGGCAAUCAGUGAUCAUGAUAACCUAAAAAGAAUAGGGAGACACAUAUUUACUUAACGGAUGAGUCAGAGAAGUCUGAUGGAGUUGCUAUCAGCCAUAUUUAUUUGCCCCACAAUUACAGAUGGACAUAUGGAGGUCUCAACAUUGUGCAUAUUUGGCCAGUUUUUAACAUUACACAGCGAAAGAUGAGAUAUAUAUAUAUAUAUAUAUAUAUAUAUAUAUAUAUAUAGGGAGAGAUAUAGAGGGAGAGAGAAUUCUAUAAUGAUAUAUAUAUACACACAAAGACUGCCUGGUUGUAUGGUACUGUUCAUUAGUGUUUUCACAUUCGUUCUCAGCUUUGUAAAGAAGUUACAUGUUAUUGCCUUUUCUAUUGUAAAGGAUUCCUUGUCAAAUGUACUGUCUGACGUUUUUGUGAACAAAACAAAUGUAUAAAUGUUUUCAAUUCUAUCUUCUAUGCUGACUACCAGUAUCAAGUUUGACUCCACUGAAUGUGGUGUUGUGACCCUGUGCCUGGCUGAGAGUGAGUUGUAGUACAGGCUUAACUAGGACCGAAAGAGAAGUGGUUUGUGUUCCUU